AUGCCUCUCUACAGCACCAAAUUCCCACACCAACUCCAUCAGACCCGGACUUUCAUAGCUGCCAGGAUCAAAUGGGUCUGUGAUCCUUACCUUGACACGGCUGUUUCCAAAGAAAAAGACUUAAAACAAGUAAUUUCUUUCAAGAACCAAAUCAUUUCCUCUCCCUCAACAUCCCUUCCUCUUUCCUCUCUUUCCCUUCUAAAACCGUACCUCAAUCUCCCCACUACAGCCCUCAAUUUCUUCCAUAAAUACCCAACAGUUUUCUGUCAAUUCCAGCCCUCUCCUUCCCUCCCUUUCCACAUCAAACUCACCCAUCAAGCUAUGUCACUUCACAAGGAAGAGCAGCUCAUUUUCAAGUCACAACCUUUACGUGAUGACACCAUAAAAAGGUUAGCUAAGCUCCUAAUGCUUUCUGGGGCAAAAAGAUUGCCUUUGCAUAUUAUUGAUAGGUUCAAGUAUGAUUUGGGUUUGCCUCAUGAUUAUAUUAUUGCCCUUUUAUCAGAUUAUCCAGAAUAUUUCCAUGUUUGCGAGGAUAAAGAUUGUUUAACUGAUAAAGACUUGUUCUUUUUAGAGCUGGUUUCAUGGAGAGAUGAAUUAGCUGUGUCUGAAAUGGAGAAAAGAGUGUCACAUGGGGAUUUGAGUAAUGUUAAGAGAGGGCAGAGAAUUGGGUUUCCGUUAAAUUUCCCAAAUGGGUUUGAUUUACAGAAGAAAGUGAGAGAUUGGGUUUUCGAAUGGCAAGGGUUGCCAUACAUAUCGCCCUAUGAAAAUGCUUUUCAUUUAAAUCCCAGUGGGGAUCAAGCCGAGAAGUGGACUGUCGCUGUGUUACAUGAGAUGUUAUGGUUGUUAGUGUCGAAGAAGACGGAGAAAGAGAAUGUGCUUCAAUUGGGAGAUUAUUUGGGGUUUGGGGAUAAAUUUAAGAAGGCUUUAGUGCAUCACCCAGGGAUUUUUUAUGUUUCCAAUAAGAUCAGGACCCAGACUGUGGUGCUUAGAGAGGCUUAUAGGAAGGACUUCUUAGUGCAUAAGCAUCCUCUAAUGGGAAUGAGGUUUAGGUAUAUUCAUCUUAUGAAUAAAGGUAAGAAGAAGAGAAGAAAAUCAGUUGGUGGUAUUGUACGUUCUCGAUUGCGAAGGCAGGUUUCAUCUUCCAAAAAAAUUAUAGAAAGAAAAGCUAAAUAUAAAAGCAGGGAGGAAGAAGAAGAGAAGUCAAAUGGCUCUUCAGAAUCUGAAUUUGAGGAUGUGAGCUCCUCAGACUCUGACCUUGAGGAUGCAUAUCGUGAUGGGACGAUGAAGAUGAAGAUGUGA